AAAACGAAAAUUAAAAUGCCAACACGUCUCGCAACAGGCUAAAAUAUUAAAUAGGAAGUCACAAAUGUGCACGACAAAUUAAUCACGCAUAAUAAUGACAGUGAAUUAUUUAAAUGUAGUCAAUAUUAUUAGCAAACAAUGAUAAUGAUCGGGGGGAAAUUUUUCUGUUUCACCAAGCGUGAAGCGCUUUCGUUUUCGUAGGACUGAGAGUCACGGCAGUGGCGGCUCGGGGCUUCGCACCCCCGACGCGAAUCAACACCGUUCAACGUCCUAUUAGUUCAGUCGCUUCUCGGACACCACGUACUGUCCACGCCUUCGGACAAUGCGAAGAGCGCGUAUUCCACACCAAUGAUCAUCAUGCAUAUCAAGUUCAUCUGCAUAUCUCUCGUGACAUUAGCCUUGAUUCAGAACGUUAGUGGGAAGAGGACUAAGAAGAAACGCAUAAGCCUUGAGGCUACCGAAUCCACCCCGCAACCGAAUGUCGUUACAUAUUCAACUUUUGGAUUCAAAGAUGUUGGGGGUUACGACGGAUUUGUACCUAGUUCGCCCGACUAUGCCACCUACUUGACAAGCAAUAGCCGGGAUUCCUCUACACGGUUAUAUGCCCCAGCUUUCCCAUCAUCCAUAGAUUCCACAGGGCUGGGUAGUUAUUACGAUCCUCAGCCGGAUGCAGCUACUCAUACUAUUACAAGAGAUGGGUAUGAAACGCACGUAAAACCUUACCAGCCCCCAUCAAUGAAUUUUUUUACAUCCCCGAGUUACGAUACAGAUGGUGAUCGAAGCAAGAAUACUGGAACAAAAGAAGUAUAUAAUCUAAAUUCUUACAAUAAUAACUCUCCGAUAUAUGGUGCGAAGCUUAGCUCUAAAAAUAAAAAUAAGAACUUUAGUAAUGUAAAUCACACGGAUUAUAAUAUUUAUAACAGUGUUUCUUCGGUUAUUAAUGGGAAUUCUGCACUAAUGGAUAACGUGAGUAACAAUUAUUAUCCUAUUGUAUCACCCGGACAAUCUGAAGAAGAAAAACUGGUAAAGAUACCACACACACAAUCUGUAGACUCUAAUCCGCUGAAAUUUCAAAAAGUAGUUGAUUUUACUGGUUUAAAAAAUUAUUAUCCAACAAGCGUAGAGUCUACUAAGUUUACAGAGUCUAUGCAUAGACCAUAUAACUUAGAUAUAUUUAACAACGGAGCUGGUGAUGUUAAUUUAAAUCCAUAUGAAAAUAAAAACUAUAAUACAAAAGAUAAGGAAGAACAAACGUAUAACAAUAAAUGGAACUUGAAGGAGGAAAAUACCCAUUUGAAAUCAGAUGAGAAAACCAUGUCCGAAGUUAAUUCAUUAAGAAAUGAAGAUGUCACUGAAAAUUAUCCCAUUACAAUAAAUAAUUUUAAGAAGAAUAAGUUCAAAAAUGAUUACAAAGAUAAAGUUAAAAAUAAACAAUGGAAUUUUGGUUUAGAAAAUAAUGCGGUCAAUAAACAUGGCAAUGCAAUGAAAGGGUAUGAGUAUUCAACGAACUAUAGUAAUACCAGUUUUAAGUACGACACAGGAAUGCCCAGAAGACCUUUUAACAGUAGCAUAGAUGAAAUAGUUCCAGCUGGCAGUAAUCUUGAUUUUGUUGAUUACCAAUUUCCGGAAAAAGAAUAUUCACCAUUUAAAACAUCGAAUAUAAAAUCUCUGUAUAAUUCAGAUAAUGAAAACGUAUUUUCUAUACCUAAAAGCAAAUACAAACUUUCAGAGGAAUACUUAAAUGCCUUUAAAAAUUCAUACACAACCCCUACAACGACCUCUCAAUGGGGAAAUAUAUUCAAAGACACUGAGUUUUCUUCAUACAAAAACCAUCCCAAAAAACCAUUCAAUGACGAAAUUAAUGACGAUAUCGUACGUAUUCCGAAGCGCCACACAAGUAUCGACUAUCAAAAGCUUUUUGAAAAUAAACCAAGUGAUUGGGAUUCUCUUGAGAGCUAUAAACCAUAUAAACCUAUAAAAAGUAGAGAUCCGUAUGAUUGGAUGACUAGAGAUUUAAGCAACAGAUAUAAAACAGAAGAAGAUUUACUAGGCCUAAGAAAUCAUGAUACAUCACAUCCUUCUUAUGUGCCUUCGUUUAAACCAAGUUAUAAUAAUUUCGAUGAAGAUAUUGAUUACAAAAAGCUUGCAGCUAAGUGGAAGCAGAAUUUCCUGAAGGCCAAGUAUAGAGACUCUGUUCGUGAAUACGAAACAUUUGCAUCAGAACCAAAACCAGUUCACGUUGCACUUCCGAAGCCAUACCCGAUAGAAGUUCCACAUCCGGUAGUAGUACCGGUGCCGCAGCCAUAUCCGGUAAAGGUUCCGAUUCCAAAACCAGUCGCCGUGCCGGUUAUUCGAGAACUAACCGUGCCGGUUGAGAAGCCCGUGCCGUAUCCGGUGAUCAAAAGAGUCCCUUAUCCUAUUGAGAAGCUUGUUCCGGUACCUGUUAUAAAACAGGUUGCCGUGCCAGUAGUAAAACCGUAUCCAGUGCACAUUCCUCAAAUCCGAACUGUGUUCCAUCAUACGAAAUCCCACGAUGAUAGGGAGAUAGAUCCCUAUGAAGAAGAGUAUAUUUCGCGUCCGGAGCCUAAGCGACCAUACAAUAAAAGACCGAAGAAUUCUCGCAAUCGACAGCGUCCAUCACCUGAGUCCAAGAGGCCAUCACGCACUCCUUAUCAAGAUCGCAGAAGAAGAAUUCCUCACCGACAACCUACCAGCUAUCACGACCAAAGGCCUAGAAGACCAUACAAUUCAGAGUCCCAUUCUCCCCACAGAUUUAGGGAUGACUUCGAUGAAUACGACAGUGAUAGUGAUUUUGAACGUUACUGCAAAAGAACUGGUAAAUGCUAGACUUAUAAGUGACAUCGAAACUAUAUGCCAGCCUACGCGUGAUCUUUGUUGGUCGAACUGAAGUAAGUCACAAGUGGCUUCGUACAAACAGUUUUUUUUAAUUCAAAUAUGGAACGUCUCGGAGAGCCAAUUUCAGUCCGUCCAAGUAAGAUUGUGCGAACUAUAUCUUUAAAUAAAUAAGAAGAGCUAUAUAUACAGACGUUCGUUAACGUCAAGCAAAAACCACUGAAGCAAGAAAUAAUAAAUCCAAGUUGCUUACAUUUACAAUUUCGUGCCCGAGAGUUAGAAAGUUUGAAGAGUAGUGAGUAGAUUUUUUUAAGGAAAUUAUUUUGAAGGAAAAUUAUGUAUUAGACUACGACGUGUUUCAAGGAUUUUUUGUUAUUUUUUAUGGUGGAGUGCUUAGAAUAAUGAUUGGACUCCGUAGCGCACUAUCACUUAAAAGAACAAUCAUUAAUCUAAGGUGGAGUGAUUCUUUUUUUACAAGUUGUGUUCUCCAUAUACAUGCAUUUCCCAUAGGUAUUAGUGUAAAUAAAAUAAGAUAAUAUAUUAAUAGCAUAUUUUAGAUAAGUAUUACUUUAGAAGUAUUCUAUUAUAUUAACGGUUUACUAGAGACUGAUAAAAAAUUAUCUUAGUAUUUAAAUUUAUUUCAUCCUUAACGAAACGUUUUGUCAUAUUUAUGGCAUUCUUGUUUACAUUGAAUGUUAACAUACACAAUGUAGGCUAGUAGAUGCUUACGUCUAGAGUUAAUAAAUCAAACUUUUUAAAUUUAUGGCUUCAAGUUGGGUAUUUCAUGUUUUAAACAUUAAUUUAAGUUAGUAAUUAGAAUACAUAUAGUUA